AAAAAGCGUACAAGGGAAGGAAACUUGCCCAAGACGCAGCCCCUGGUUCGAGUCUUGGCUUCAGUCGCACUCAGGUGUUCCAGUUGUGUUGGUCAGUUUUCAGGAUUCUAACACACAUAUAGGCAGAAUGAAAACCGGUCAGCCUCUAUCCAAGUCCAGUGGUGACAAGUGGUUAUUUACAUACAGUGUCAUUACGGUUCUUCUGGUGUGCACGAGCCUGUCAUCUUCGUGGCAUUACCUGAAGUCUGGAUGGGACGACAUUGGAAUGUGGGUGCAACAUUUAUGGGAACAAACUCUCGAUUGGAUUGGAGAUGAUGGUUUCAAGCUCUACGUUUACGGGAUGAACGGUUGGAACAUUGUCUUGUACUGGACGGUCGGAUUGGCCCUUUUAUUCUUAGAAAUGUCCACCUGGCCAAAAUGGCUCAAUCGUUAUAAAAUCCAACCAACUGUUACAGUUGACAGGAAACGUCUCACAUCGUUAAUUGCGUUGAACUUGUUCAAUCAAUUCUUCGUGGCUGUUCCGUUCUCCAUCGUCGGUUAUUACGUCCUGAAAUUCCAAGGAACGUCACCACCAAUCCGAGAAUUGCCGACAUUAAUGCGAUUGGUUGUCAGUUUAGCCAUUUUCGUUGUCCUCCAAGAAAUCUUUGCUUAUUACACUCACAGAAUGUUUCAUCACCGGCUGCUGUACAAGUGGACUCACAAGGUGCACCACGAAUGGCAGGCCCCAAUCGCCCUGUCCGCCUAUUACAAUCACCCGUUAGACCAUUUGAUUGGCAACAUUUUACCGUCUACUGUAGGCGCUUCGUUGAUUAAUGCCCACUUUUUCACCACUUGGAUUUGGUUAACAUGGGCGACUUUAAGGACUCUGUCAGAUCACAGCGGUUAUCACGUGUUAACAUUUCCAUCUCCGAGACGUCACGAUUUCCACCAUCUGAAAUUCACGGAAUGUUUCGGGGUAUGGGGCCCCCUCGAUUACCUGCACGGUACCGAAAAGCUGUUCCAAGCGAAUUUAGCUUCAUUGAAAGCCAAGAAAAAUUCUCAAUAGUCUGUUUAAUUCAGUCAAGUUUUUAGUUUUUUACCAGUAUUCUUCAAUACGUAUGACGCUGCACCGCAUAAUAAAGAAAUUUUUUAAUAUUC